GCCGCUUGGAGCGCUAGUGUCGCUCCAGCUGUGAAACGGUAACAAGUAACAACUUUUAACAGCAGUGCCGUUUAAUGGGAGACUGUGUCACAUUACAAAUGUAAACCGUGGAGAUAAAUAAGCAAAGGGGCUAAUAACUGCAGUAAUGGACCACCAGAAAACUAUUCGGAUAAAAGAUGAAACAAAUGAAACAGCAGGUUCACCAGGCUCCAUUGUCCAGGUAUACCACUCCAGUGUGAAAAUAAAGGAAGAAUGGCAGGAGACUGGGAAUCAAGAGUUACUUCAAGAUCCAUUAAAAAUUGAAGAUCCAUGUUAUGACAUAAAGGAAGAGCCAGGACUAAAACUGAAUGAGAGACUCUCUGAGCAUAAUAUAUUCAGCGAUCCCAAAUAUGAUCCUCUGGGAGUAAAGACAGAGGAGGGCUCAGCAUUUGAGAAUGAUUGUCUUGAUGAGUACGAUCCAUUGAGCAUAACAGAUGAUGCGUGUCUUGAAGAUAACUUGGGAAUCUCUCAUCCAAAUGAUUUUAUCAAGGAGGAUCCUGAACUAAAUUUGGAGGUGGCAGCCUCAAUAAGAAAUGCAUCUGAUAGUUUAAGGUUCAUUCAAAGUGCUGGUGACAGCUGUGACAUUUCAUAUCAAGAAACAUUACAUCAAGGAGUAGUCAAUGACAAGCUGGAGAUAUAUGCAGAGAAGUCAACAGAUUUCAGUGUGUCUCACAACUAUACCAAAAUACAGACUUCACAAGAAGACGGCUUAUGUGGCACAAGAUUAAGUUGUAGCACCAGGGGAAAGGAAUUCCAUAAGUUUAACUGUAGUUUCUGCCUACAGAGCUUCCCUUCAAAAUACAGACUCAUAAUGCAUAUCUUCAUCCACAUUGACGGUGUGCAGGCACCUGCAUUUGUGUGUAAGUCAUGUGGUGAGGUAUUGCCCUCUGAUGACUGCUUGAAAGAACAUUUGAGAAUGAUGGAGGGUGACCAAGCAUUAUCUGCUACCAACAGUGAGAAACUUGAAUGCAGUGAUGAUCAUGAAAACAAUAUCUCCUUCGACUGUGUACAAGAAGGAAUUAUGGAACAGACUGCAGGGCCCCCUUCAUACAAGGUACCCAGGAAAACCUUCAAAAAAUCCUUUAAUGACAUAUGUAACACACAUACUGUGAAACAAGCUGAAGAGAAACUCGAAAGAUGUAAUGACUGUGGAAUUUCAUGUACAAGCGACCAUGCUCAUGUCCACACUGUGCUAAGCGCAAAGGGACAUCACAAAUGUGAUGUUUGUGGUAAAAUGUUUACUGUGUUAGGCAAUCUUAAGAAACAUCGCCUAAUACACACUGGAGAGAGACCCCACGAAUGCAAUGUUUGUGGAAAAUCGUUUGCUGUAAUGAGCUAUCUCAAGAAACAUGAAAUAAUACACACUGGACAGAGACCACACAAAUGCAAUGUUUGUGGAAAAUCGUUUGCUGUAAUGAGCUAUCUCAAGAAACAUGAAAUAAUACACACUGGACAGAGACCACACAAAUGCGGUGUCUGUGGAAAAUCAUUUACUCACUCGAGCAGUCUCAAGUCCCAUAUUUUAAGACACACAGGAAAGAGACCACACAAAUGCGAUGUGUGUGCAAAAUCGUUUACUGAAAGGUGCAAUCUCAAGCAACACGAAUUAAUACACACUGGACAGAGACCAUACAAAUGCGAUGUCUGUGGAAAAUCAUUUACUCAGUCGGGCCGGCUCAAGAACCACAAUGUAAUACACACAGGAAAGAGACAACACAAGAGACAACACAAAUGCGAUGUGUGUGCAAAAUCGUUUACUGAAAGGUGCAAUCUCAAGAAACAUGAAUUAAUACACACUGGACAGAGACCACACAAAUGCGAUGUCUGUGGAAAAUCAUUUACUCAGUCGGGACAUCUCAAGACUCAUGAAUUAAUUCACACUGGACGGAGACCACAUAGUUGCAAUGUCUGUGGGAAAUCAUUUACUCAGUCGAGCAGUCUAAAGACACACGAAUUAAUACACACUGGACACAGACACCACAAAUGUGAUACUUGUGGUAAAUUAUUUAAUGCAUUGAGUAAUCGCAAGGCCCAGAAGAUAAUACACAGUGGAAAGAGACCCUACAAAUGUAGUAUUUGUGGAAAAUCUUUUAUUCAUUGGGGUAGUCUCAAGACACAUGAAUUAAUACACACUGGACAGAGACCACACAAAUGCGAUGUCUGUGGAAAAUCAUUUGCUCAGUCGGGAAAUCUCAAGACCCAUGUAUUAAUUCACACUGGACGGAGACCACACAGUUGCAAUGCCUGUGGAAAAUCAUUUACUCAGUUGGUCAGUCUCAAGACUCAUCUGUUAAUACACACAGCAAAGAGACCACACAAAUGCGAUGUGUGUGGAAAAUCGUCUACGCGGUCGGGCUAUCUCAACAGCGACGUAUUAAUACACACAUGAGAUGACCCCACAAAUGUGAUACUUGUGGUAAAUUAUUUAAUGUAUUGAGUAAUCUCAAGACCCACAAGUUAAUACACAGUGGAAAGAGACCCUACAAAUGUAGUAUUUGUGGAAAAUCUUUCACUCAUUGGGGCAGUCACAGGAAACACAAAUUAAUACACACUACAUAGAGGUCACUCAAAGUAUUGUUGAGGUCUGUAGACCUACACAUGUUGAUAGAAGACCACACGUGUUUUAUGAAAAUUGUUUGCAUGUGCUACAGAGAGGUCACAAAAAAAUAUGACAAAUCCAUUUCCGCAGCUUCACAUUCAAAGAAGUUACAUACAAAAUACAACAUAUGAAGCACACAAUUCUGAUUUUUUGUUGCAAAUACUCCAUGCUUUAAUUGUUCAGGCUACCCAAAAUCUGUCUUCCACCAUUACCGGUGCACCAACAUCAGGCGCUACAGUCUGGUUCUAGGCGCUACAGUCUGGAACUGCGGGACCGCUACGGUCGCAAGUUCGAAUUUGCCUCUGGCAUGGAUGUGUGUGAUGUCCUUAGGUUAGUUAGGUUUAAGUAGUUCUUGGGGACUGAUAACCACAGCAGUUAAGUCCCAUAGUGCUCAGAGCCAUUUGAGCCAACAUCAAAAAUCACCUACUCGUUGAUAUGCCUACAGGAUUAAUCUUUAGAGAUCUUGCACAAGAAAAACAUAACUUACUUCAAUGCCAUGCUACAUCGAACACCCACGAAAAACACACUAGCGCGACCCUUCUUGCUUCCUUCCAUCGGAAGAUAGCUGCGCAAAAUCGUCACGUGACUAUGAAACACCUAUUCCGCCAUGUGAAAAAUAUAGAAGCAAACAUUGCCUCUGAGCCAUCACCAUAGGAAAUACCAAAUCAGCCGCUUGUGUAAUUCUGUAACAAUAAAUAUCAUCAGUACCAAAGGAGCAUCUAUCCCAUUUUACAGAGCAGCUAGGUUCUGAUUUGCUUGUUCUAGAUAAUGGAUGGGCAUCCGACAACCUUUGUCAACUUGUGGUUUCACCAUCUUUCAACAAUGUUCCAUAGAGGCUGAUGGUGGAAGCAUCUGCACAGCCAACCACAUUCGCUGCUUCUGAGAUGCACUUACCCAGGCACCAGGCAAAACCAUCUGCUCUUUGCCAAAGUUAUUUAUGCCAUUUUUUUAACAAACUGUCACUAGAAUGAUAACCACUCAUUUCUGGUUGUAUAGUUUCAUUACUACGUGACAUAGCCACAAUGAUGCUGGGUAGCAAACACUCCUCCUACGGAAGUGGAUUCAGUGAUUUGGAUUAACAGUGUAUCUUCACAAAAAAGGCCUUUUGGUAAAUUGUGUAGUAAUUCAAUUUUUCUGCUUUGUUAAAUUUUAUGUCAAUACACUAUUGUCAGUUCAAGUGCCGUAUUUAUUGUGAAAAAUUUUUGUAUUACAAAGCUCUGUACAUUAAUUUUAUGCAUCAAAUCUUUUAAUUAUUUGUCUGUUUUUAAAUACCAUGUAACUACUGUACAAACAUCAGUGGCAAAACUGUCAUCAUGUAGUGUCAGAUUAUAAUUCUGAUUGUUUGUAGAAACACAAGGACAGUUGAAAGAGCUCAGUGUGAUUUCUAGGUUAUGAAUUUAAUCCAAAUGCAUGAUUUUUAUUGUAAUAAGUUAAUUUAUCACAUGUACUUUCUUUCUAAUUGCUUUGUUUCAAUUUGAUUUUUAGUUGUCUUUUUAUCUGCUUUAAACAUGAUUUCAUAGUGUAUAUUUUCCAUAAUUUCUCUGAGUAAA